AAAACACACGAGACGACUGCGAUUCGAGCAUGGAGCGCAAAUUUUAUCAGUAACUAUGAGCGUACAAAAAUAAGCGACUUAAAUCGAGUGAAUUAGUUUAUAAUUUGACCGGCUCAAUCUCAGAGUAGGUUAGUCGGCAAAUUCCGAGAGUUUUUAUCUUGGCCACUUGUGUGUUAUCGCGAACGAUCAUCGCGCUGCCGACGAUUUUUUUCAAAAUUUCUACUCCCAGUGCUUUACAUUCGAUGACAAUGGUCGCUGAUGUUGUCCUAUGCGUGUCGGAUAUCAAUCACACCGCGACAGAUAUUUUCCGGGAAGAACUAUCGGUUCCUAUAAUGCCAGAAAUUCCGGGAUUCUUCACAGGACUCGAAUACACACCGAGCUUGUGGGCCAUGUUUGGUUCCAUCCUUGUCGGACUCAGUGGUGUGCUGCCGCUCCUCGUCAUACCCAUUGACCAGACUGACAAUUUGAAACAAGGAGCGAGCGCAAACAAACUGAAGUCUCUGCUGAGUUUCGCUGUUGGAGGACUAUUAGGAGAUGUUUUUCUACAUUCCCUCCCAGAAAUAUGGGCGAACGACUUGUCUAAAGAUGGGGGCCAUCAUAACAAUUACAGCGGAUUAUUGAUCCUCGCCGGACUCAUUACUUUUGUGAUAGCAGAAAAAAUAUUUUCGGUGAUAGAAAAAGAAGCCGAAAAAGCGGAAGAAAAGGAAAAGGUUAUGGAAAACAACAAUACAAAAGGGAUAAUGGAGAGUACGAGUAAAAAACAGAUAUCGGGAUACCUGAACUUAGUUGCCAACACAAUCGAUAACUUCACCCACGGCCUGUCGCUAGGCGGCGCCUUCCUGGUAUCGCCCAAACUAGGACUACUGACCACGUUCGCCAUUUUGGUGCACGAGAUUCCUCACGAAGUGGGCGACUUCGCUAUUUUGCUCAAAUCGGGCUUCACCAGGUGGCACGCCGCAGUUUUCCAACUGAUGACGGCCGGCGGAGGCUUAGUAGGGGCACUGUUCGCCAUCACGUUCAGUGGGGCCAAAACUUCUUUAGAAGCCAGAACAUCUUGGAUUAUGCCAUUUACUGCAGGCACGUUUCUACACAUAGCCUUAGUUACCGUCCUGCCAGACCUCCUUAAAGAAGAAAGCCCCAAAGAAUCUUUCAAACAGAUGCUGGCCCUUCUAACCGGCAUUUUCAUCAUGGGCGUAGUUACUAAUCUUGUGGAGUAAUUAUUAUUAUUGUUUGUUUUUCAUUAAACUGUGUGCCAUAAAGAUGCAGUUCGGAACAGAAUUCUUCAGUGAUUUUUUCAGUUACUAUUAGCAGUAUUGUUUUAGAUAUUAGUUUUUUGUUUAGUCGAAACUGUUAAGUAAUCUGAACGGACAAAACGAGUUUCUCUGUGGCACAGCGGCUGUAAUAAGAUAUAAGUAGAUUAUUGUUAUACCUUGUUACACUAAAUCACUCAAAUACUCAUAUUUUUUUUGAUAUAAUCAAAGCUAUUUGCUGCAGGCCAGUCAAGAACAAAAAUAUAUACUUAUAAAAAUAUUUAAACAACAUUUUCAUAUUAUGGUAAAAUAAAAAAACACGGUUUAUUUAUGAAAAUCACUUUUAUAGCUCACAUUCUUUUUUACGAUAUGAGAACUAUGAGUUAUUUACAUAUGAAGAUCGUAGUACUGUUGUGGUUUUAUCAUAAUACCUAAUAUAACACGAAUUGCCAUAUAUUUUAUACUUUCGUUGUUUUCUAUUAAAUAGAUUGUAGAAUAGUAUUUAAGUCUAAAUAUAUUUUUAUACUUGUUAAAGAGUGAUUUUAAAACAAUUGAAAAAUGGGAGAAAAUAUUACUGAACAAAUGAAAAUGUACUAAUGAUGACUUAAGAAGAGUUAUUUUGUGAUAUUGUAACAAUUUGUGAAAUGAUGUACAAAAAACGUUCCAGUUGAGAAAAGGGCAGUACUUAGGAGUGCUGUUACAAUAUUACCUUAUAAAUAAAUAAAGACAUUCU